AUGAGGGUUAAAGGCCGCGAUAACGUCAGUGUGGAGAACGGCGACUGUUUGUCCAAAAUGCCUACUGCCACUGCUGAACAAUUAAAUAUAGCGAAGAUGCUGUCAAAACCAGGCGAUGACGUUGAUUUGCGUACUCAUGUUCAAAAGCUGCAAGAAUUGACCGAAUGCACAGAGGAUCAGGCAGUGACUGCUUUAUACGACUGCGAAAAUAAUCUUCAACGGGCAGUAGAGUUGUUGCUCGAUAAAUUUCGUUGUGGGAAUGACGAGGAAUGGCAUACUACUGGGAAGAAAUCAAAGCCAAAGAAUAUACCAGGGGAUGCUGAUACGUCUUCUGUGGAUUUGAGGUCUGACAAAGGCCUUUCGAAUGAAGAGGUCAGAAAAACUGCUACUGCGAGCAACGAAGGUGAUACGUUUACCUCAAAAGACGCUCGCCAAUCAGAUCUAGUCAAAACUGAAUCCUGGUCCGGGUCGACUCGCAAGGAUGGCAGAGGCCGCAAAAGUGCAGUGACAUAUAAGGGUUCAAAUCGUCGGAACGAUGUUUCAGUGAAUCCUUCGGAUCAAGUCCCUGUUACCGAACUGAAUGAGGUAAACAAUAAAGGAAAAGCCAAAACACCUUUCGACAACGAAACCAUUGAGGAGUGGUGUCCAGAACAAUCAAAUUUACCGCCAGAGUUGUUUGUGGAUACCGAACACUCCGGGGCCAAGGACACAAACGUCGAAAAUCAACCGACAAGUUCAGCACCGUCAAUGAAUACAACGGCCUCUCCGAGCUUGAGCGCGCUACCUGAAGUCGAUUCUCUGUUCAUUUCAAAGGCUCUUAGCUUAACACAACCUUGUUUCACUAAGUCAUGUCCUGAUCCCGAAUCUCAGGAUUUUUCCUAUGCGCCGCAAUCGCCUUCUAAGUCGCCAACAGUUGGGUUCGAUGUAAAUAAGCCAAACACACCCAGAAGUCUUUUAGAAGACCCCAGUCACCCAGACGCCAAAGUGGAACAAGUGUCCUCCAACUUCGCCAAUACUCAUUUUCAAAACGUUACUCCCGUCCCGAAGACCACUACGGCCUACUCUUCGGGUACUAAAACCCAACAGCCAGCAUCAUUUGAAUCCGAAAGUGGUACCAACCAGUCAACAUUUUUAGAGCCCUCCUUCAAAAAUUACUUGCUAGAUGGUUUGUCCAGUGACGUCAGUAAGAUGUCUGUGGGUGAAGCCUCAAAUACGGGCGUCAAGCCAUCACAAUUCAACCUUCAACAGCCCGUUUCCCAGGGCCCACAAACACAAUCUUCUUUCUCACACAACCAGGGUGGAGCUGCUGUAUCUAUGUCUAGUCAGAUGAGCAAAGCGCCGUUAUCACACAUAUCAACCCACAAUCCGUUGCAUUCAUCCCAACAACCUGUUGUGUCAAGUGCCGCUCAGUCGCAGCAGCAGUCGGUCACGCUACCACCUGGAAUGCCACACUUCAUCAGUCAGUUCGCUCCUCCAGCCUAUCAUAUGUUCAAUUUACCUGGAAGUUCAAGCAAUGCACCUACACUGUUCGAUUUAGAUCAACUACAGCUUUUUCAGCAACAACGUAUUCUCUAUGAUAUGCAUUUACAGCAUCAAGCAGCAACUACCGCUCAAAGCCUGCUCCCAUCAACUGCGGACUCCACAUCAACCAGCAAAACGUCCUCUCACAAUGUCGCAGGCUCAAUGGGUCAUGUAACAGCUGCCGGUGCGGGAAUACGUCCUGAUAUGCUCGCUUCAGCUAUCGGUCAUGCACCACAAAUGCUCGCAUCUGGACACCCGUAUUUUCCCUAUUCUGGAUUGGUGUUUAUGAAUGGCUACACAAACGCUUUUCUCAAUCAACAGCAGCAACAACAACCGUCUGGUCAGGAUACAAAUCAGUCUCAGAGUUCUACUCAUUGUGGUUCUCCCAUCACACAGCCUCAAGCACAAUCUUCGGGACAACCACAAUCGUUCGGCGGACUGAAACAGGUAAACGCUGGAGUUGGUGGCUAUGACGAUCUCAUGGACAUGAAGUAUGGCGAUCCGACGAAGCAAGUGGGUUUCAAAAACAACUCAAAUCAACCUAACUACGGAUCUUUCCAGACAGCCGGAGCUUCAGAAUCUGUUGGCCAGAAAUUAUCGAAUGCACACCAGUCAGGCGCAGGUCCUUUAACUCAAGGCAGCUUCAACACUACUGCAAGUGGUGCCCACACACAGCACUUCCCACCACAGUUCUAUCCCCCUGCGGCGACAUCCCCAUAUCUAACUGCAGCGGCCGUUGCUGUUGCUGCAGCUGCAGCAGCUUCAGUGCAACAGCAACAAGCUUCAGUUGGUGGAGGCCCAUCUUCUGCGAAUCCAAACCAGUCAAAUGCUGGUGGCGGUGGUAAUACUUCUGGCCAAGGCAGUACUGGUGGUACCGGGACUGGUGGAACGAGCAACGCAAGUGGCCAACUACAUUUGACCGGAAAUCCAGCGCAGCCACUAGUACUUGGUGCUGCAGGAGGUGGUCUGCACCACCGUCAUCAUCAACGUUCGGUUAUGCCCCAUUAA